GUACGCGGUCGCUUUUAAUCCACACUCCUGAAUGCUUUCUCAGGUGCGUGGUUGGUAGUGGGUAGAGGGGUUUGCGGGGUAGUACGGAGGCAGCGGAACCGUCGUGUUUGACGCCCACCACUUCAUACAGAGACGCGGUUAGAGAACGCGCUUCUCCAUGCUGAAGUCGGCGAGCUGUGCCAUGGCGACUGGAGCGCCCGUCAACCGCUUCAAUAACCCGGGUUAUACGCCGAGUUCCAGCACCUUAUCCGCGCCAGUUCAGAAGACCAAACAGAAGGGAUUCUGCCUGGUCAAGAUGAUGAAUCUGAAGGGAGGGAAAGGGAAGGCAGAUGGGCGCAAGCAGCAGGCGCAUGGAGCCGUGCCCUUCAUCAUUCACUGCCAGAUCGGCAAAGAAAUCAAACACAUUUGCGGCAACUGCAGCCGCGCCACCGAACCGCAGGAGGCGGAUGAGGUUGAGCGACUGGGCGCCAUGCGCUCCGAGUCCUUCAUGUCCGGCACUCGCACCCCGCCGAUUCGGCACAGAAGCAAGUUUGCCACGAUCGGUCGUCUGUUCAAGCCCUGGAAGUGGAGGAAGAAGAAGAGCGAGAAGUUUAAGCAGACUUCAGCAGCUCUGGAGAGGGAGAUGUCAGCGAGGCAGACUCGGGAAGAGCUGAUCAAACGUGGAGUGCUGAAAGAGAUCUUUGAGAAAGAUGUGAGAAUGGCUUUAAUAAAGCAUGACGGGAGGCUAGAAAACGGCCUGUGUUUAGUACCGAACCCUUUAGAGAGCAGCAGAGUGACAGAGCUGCUGCUGCAAGGGUUAACAGACGGACACGGCCCUGCACCCAUUGAGUUUCGGGCUUCCAUGGAAGGUAGCAUAUGUGGUCAGGACCCUUCUCUGAAGUCGUCCCUGCUUCUGCCUGCUAAGAAAUCGGUUGGGUUUUCAGGUGACAUUCAGGAGAACCCAGCCAAAGCCACGCUCUUUCACAAGCAACCGCCCGCUUUGCCGCCCAAACCGUUUACUCGCCAGCUUAACCACAGUACAGUUUCAGAGUCAUGCCAGCCCCUGAAGCUGACCUGUGUUCAGGGAAAGCACUCUCCCCCCCUUCCUCCCAAGAAAGUCAUGAUCUGCAUGCCGUCCGGAGGACUGGAACUGCCCAUCUCUUCUCCGAGCCCCCUUGCUACUUAUCCUGGGAAGUGCGCACCCAUGAUACACCACGGCAGCCUGGGUGGACACCACGGGCACCCCCACCAGCUGCAAUAUGGCAGCAUGCCCAGCCGCAUCAUCGAGGAGCUCAACAAGACCCUGGCACUGUCUAUGCACAGGCUAGAAAGCUCUGCAUUGCACUCUGGACUGUGUAGUCUUUUGGACAGUAGACCUGUACCCACUGUGGUGAUCGACUGUGAUGAUGAUAAAGAGAACAUGCCCAGCGAGUCGGACUACGAGGAUUUACCCAGCAUGUACAAGGACGAGCUUGAGGGAGAAGAUGAAGAGGACGAUGAAGAGGACGAUGACUCGCUUUUCACAAAUACCUUAGCCCUGAAGGUGCUGAGAAAAGACUCGCUGGCCAUAAAGCUGAGUAACAGGCCAUCGAAAAGAGAGCUGGAGGAGAAGAACAUCCUGCCCAUGCAGACUGAUGAAGAAAGACUUGAAUCCAGACAACAGAUUGGCACCAAACUUACACGGCGGCUGAGCCAAAGACCUACAGCAGAGGAGCUGGAGCAGAGGAACAUCUUAAAACCCCGUAAUGAACAAGAAGAGCUGGAGGAAAAGAGGGAGAUCAAACGGAGACUGAGCCGUAAGCUAAGUCAGAGGCCAACGGUAGAGGAGCUGCGCCUGGCAAAGAUCCUAAUACACUUCAGUGAUUACGUGGAAGUAGCCGAUGCUCAGGACUAUGACAGGCGAGCCGAUAAACCCUGGACCCGCCUGACUGCUGCUGACAAGGCUGCUAUACGGAAGGAACUCAACGAUUACAAGAGCAAUGAGAUGGAAGUGCAUGAGUCCAGUCGUCAUUUAACCAGGUUUCACAGGCCGUAGAUCAUCACUGGCUGGGGUGUUCGAACAGUUUUCACUCCAAACCAUGUGCUGGUCAGACGAUGCACGAAUCUACAUUAAAGCCAAGUCCUCAAGGAGGGCAACUAAAUGCCUUUUCUCCAGCUCCCUUUUUCUGAGACUUAAAUGUUCCCUGAACCUCACCAGCCUGAACUUUGCCAGUAUUAAAACAUCCCAUAAGUAAAACAUGGGUGUCACAUGGUGAAGGGGACUGAAACAGCCAGUCACACAUUGAUGGUAUUUUCCUACUCGUUUGCCAGCACCGUUCUCGUCGACCUUCAACCCCUUCCAACGGUGCACGGCUAAAUUUUCCACUCCACGAUUUUCUCACCCAGGCGGAAGGUGGCGCCGGCGGUACACGCUUGUGCUGGCGCUGCUUCGGUCAGGCUAACCGCACCGUGUUUGUUCACCUCUCUUGCGCCCCGUGGUGGCUGUUGUCAGUGCAAGAUGCUCUCAGUGCUCCAAACUGUACAGACUCUACGGACCUCUGCAGCAAACUGUGAAUGGUGGAGCGCAGAUGCUGGUUUGUGCUCUCGCCGCCUGUACAUUGUGUUUAUACUGGAUGAUUCAGUAGGCUAUUUUAUUGUGCAGAUGCAUUAUUUGAUUAUGGAAUGGAAAACUUUAUUUAAUUAAGGAAGGGCUUGCUCGGGUCGUAGCUGUUGGGUUAGAAGAUGCAGAUGGGAGGACUGUCUGUUUUGUUUUUGUAUUUUUUUGUACACAAUAAUUUAUAUUACUUUAUUAUUUCAUCAUUACAGUGUACGUGGGAUUGUACGGCUCUAGUCUUUACUUUUUUUGAUCUACUUAUUUUUUUUGUCAUCAGCCUUUAUUUUUAUUUGAUUUAUAUUUUUAAGCCCAGGGAUUUUUAAAAUUCUGAUUCAUUACUUUUUUUUUUUAUACCCAGAGUUUUUGUUAGACAGUUACCAUCUAGUCUUGGAUUGCACAUCUGCUUCUGCGAUUAUACAGCUGUAGAGAAACAAAGGUGCACUGGAUAUGAAAUCUUAGCCCAAUCUAUUUUUUUCCUCCUCUAAAGCUGGUUAGACUGAGCAAUAUUUUUAAUGCCUGUAGACAAAUGUAAUGAUACGCAUAUUGAUAAUUUUUAAUUUUUUUACUUCUUCUUGCCACUGUGGCUUUGAUUUGUUUUCUUGUAACAUAUGAACAAGUAUGAACUAAAUCACUUUAAAGGCCAAA